CCAGGAGUCGGCUGGGGCGAGAAUCUGCGUUGGUGCCGCUGGUGAGGGCCGCCCGGGAGUCGGCCGGGGCGAGAAUCUGCGCUGGUGCCGCCGGUGCAUGGCGGGCACGGAACGCGGGGCGUCGGCACGCGUCGCCGGACGGACGAUGGCGGCCAACCGUCUGAAGGUUAUUCAGGGUCAUCUGGCCGGCCUUAAUGUGCGGCUGGACGUCUCCGUGUCGGCCGAGCCGGCGGCGGCGGCGGCGGCGCCGCCCCAGCUGCGCUACUCGCUCAACAACGGUCGCCUGACGGCCCAGCAGCGCGCCCACUACGAGACCAACGGUUUCGUGGUGGUGCGGAACCUUGUACCACCCGCACUGCUCGACCAGUUCAGGUCGCGGUUCCUGGACGUGGUGGACGGCCGCGUUCCUAAGGGACAGAUGACUAUGAUGAAGGACAUCGCGCUGCGGGGUCGGACGGACGUCACGCAGGAGCGAGUCGUCAAUAAGAUCCAGGACUUCGUAUGGGACGAUGUCCUCUCCCAGUUCGUCCAGCUGCCGCAGAUUCUGGACGUGGUGGAGGCAUUCACCGGAGAAAACAUCAUGGCCAUGCACACGAUGCUGAUCAACAAGCCGCCGGACUCGGGCGCCAAGACUUCGCGACACCCCAUGCACCAGGAUCUGCACUACUUUCCGUUCCGGCCGGCCGACUCCAUCGUGUGCGCCUGGACCGCUAUGGAGCACGUCCACAAACAGAACGGCUGCCUGUUCGUGCUGCCCGGCUCGCACAAGGGCGAGCUGUACCCGCACGAGUAUCCCGAGUGGGAGUUCGCGGACGUCUGGAAGUUCCGCUCCAGACUGGUGCGCGGCGAGGAAAAGACCCUGUGA